AUGCACGCCGUCUCUGCCGACGGCACCAAUAUCUUUGCUGAAGCUAUCGGUAACUCGAGCAAUCCCGCUGUUGUGUUCAUACAUGGCUUCAGUAGCUCUGGGCUAGUGUUUGAGAAACAGUUCUCCAAUACUACCCUUCAGGCGAAUUUGUACCUAAUUCGGUACGACAUGCGCGGUCAUGGACGGAGUGACCAACCCACAAGUGCAGAAUCAUAUACCUCGCAGCUCUUUGCAGAGGAUUUCAAAGCUGUCUGCAAGGCAUUCAACGUGACAAAACCAUUCCUUGCUGGCUGGAGCUUUGGUGGUACAAUUGGCGCGGACAUCUGCGCCAAUCUAGGACCAGAGUACUUAUCCGGCGAAAUCCUCCUAAGCUCGGUCCCCUAUGGCGCAGCUUUCAUCCAAGUCGGCAAAGGGAAUAUCGUCCCCAUUCUGCAAACACUCGGCAGCCCGACGACCACAUCUGCAGAUUACGCGAAGGCAGUAUCUGACUUCGUGGACUCAUGCGUUGCGCCGGGGUUUGCCAUUCCGGUGGAAACGAAAUGGCUGUGGAUGGGUGCUGUCCUUGCACAGAAACCCGCCGUGCGUCCUCUCCUACGUGGCAGAACCCAGGACCCAGCUGCUCUUAUCGAUUCGGGACUUCCGCUCUUGGUUAUUCAGGGUGGAUGUGAUGUUCAUCUCAACGCGGAAAAGCUCAGAGAUUUGGUCAAGGAGAAAUUUGACUCCGCUGAAUAUCAUACGUUCGAGGGAGUGGGACAUAUGCCAUUUUAUGAGCGGGUGGAUGAGACAAAUAAACUGAUCUUGGAGUUUGUGAUUCGUUGUAAAUCGGCUUGA